AUGGCAUCGCCGCCGUCUACUUAUACUCCCGAUCAGAUAGAGGCCUAUCUGCAGCGCAUUGGGUACGCCGACUCCGCCAGCACAUCUGGAAACACCAGGCACCAACAUCUCCAACAAUGCAUCGAGAAAGAUCCGCUAGCCGCAUUGACCGAACUGCAGAGGCGACACCUGGGCGCCAUCCCGUGGGGCAAUUCAGGUCUGCACUACUCCCAACUCCGCGCCAUCUCCAUCCAUCCAGCGAGUGUAUUUGAAAAGUUGGUCGUUCGCAAACUAGACGGGUACUGCAUGGAAAACACCAACCUGCUUUAUGUCGUCCUACGGUCAUUGGGGUACCAGGUCUAUCCUACGGGAGGCCGAGUUAGUCGCGCGGCUGCGGCUGGGAGCAAUGCGGUGGUCGGAUACCAGGCGCUUGUCGCGUUCGCUGACGAAGGGCGCAGUGGACAUAUGGUUCUAAUCGUGACCAUUGGCGGCCAGAAGUACAUGGUCGACGUUGGAUUCGGCAGUAAUUGCCCUACCAGUCCACUGCCAAUGAAGGAAAACGAGGUCACGGUCUGUAUUGCGCCCAGCGAGAUGCGUCUGAUCAAGGACAGCAUCCCCGAACUCGUCGACAGGAGCCAGAAGCUCUGGAUCUACCAGGUCAGGUAUAACCCGGAAAGCGAAUGGAUACCGAUGUACUCCUUCUCGGAAGUUGAAUUCCUUCCACAGGACUUUGGUGUGAUGAACUUUGCGACAAGCAAGAAUCCGACCAGCUGGUUUACCCAGGCGUUCGUCUGCACCAAGGUGAUUCUGAGUGAGGACGGACUCGAACCCCGGGGUAUAUAUGUGAUGUCAGGAAAAGAAGUCAAGAAAAGGCUGGGUAAGGAGACACAAGUCGUGGCCACACUAGCAAAUGAAAAUGAUCGGAGACAAGCGCUGGCGAAGUACUUUGAUAUGCACUUCCAGGAUUAUGACGUUGAAGGAAUACAGGGCUUGAGCUCCCAGAUCAAAUAG